AUGCAAACUUCAGGAAGGGAUAAAAAAUACUUCAACGACUCCGACGGUUACUUGGCUGUUGGUUGUGUUCCUAUUGGGAUUUCAUUUCACUUUUCUUUCUUCGACAAGAACGAACGAAAGAAACCAAAGAAGAAAGGGAAAUUCUCGCUUGCUGCUACUUUGAAGAAAUCUGAUAACGACAUUUUAAUUCCGAAAAUCGUUCAGAUUCCCUCAAGACGUAAUGUGAUCGCUUAUGUGGCUAUUAAUCUUAGCUCUUUAUCGAAAUAA